CUCGCACGCACCCCCUUUUCCUGCCGCCGCCCUUCCGCCGCUCGCCGCCGAGCCUAGCCGCACGAGCUGAAAAAAGACCUGAAAGGUCGCGCCUGGAGGAGCUCCUAGGGGAGGUGGCUGGAGAUGGCUGGUGGGAGCUGCGACGUGUGCAAGGAGGCGCCGUCCAAGUACAAGUGCCCCGCUUGCCGCACGCCAUACUGCUCGGUGGCAUGUUUUAAAAAUCACAAAGAUAAAUUUUGUCUGAAGACGGUACCUCCGGAAGAAGUUAGCAAGUCAACUCUUCAGGGGGAAAUUCCAAGGAGCUCUGGGUCACUGGAAGAAGGAGCAAAUUGUUCUAAUGACAAGGAUCAAGUCCCAUGUUUAUUACCAGACACAACUUGCCCUGCACAAUCUCCAAAAAUACUGUGCUCUACAAAAGCUCUUGAAGUUGAGGAUCCCAGUUGGAUUGUCGACAAGAAUAGACUAAGAUCUUUAGUGGAAUCUAAUGAGAUCCGAGAUGCUCUUAAAGAUUCUAAGCUUCAGCAAAUGCUACUUAAAAUUGAUGGCUCUACAGAACCAGAAAAGGAAUUAGAGAAAUUGAUGGAAGGACACGCUUUCCAACAGUUCACCAAUAAGAUUCUUGACAUUGUUAGUCCACAACAAUGAACACUACCUUCCCGGUGGAACUAUUCAGCAGAAGAGUGCACGCAUCAGGGCAAAUGACAGCGUGUAGAGCAACUAACCUCGGAUGCUGUUUUCCUACCACGAUGAGAUGUUCAAUUAGCCUACACCCGUGAUGGCGUCGCAUCUUCUUUGGCUAGCGUGAGAAAGUUUUGUCGUCCAAGAUAUUUCUUCUGUGGUGGUAGUAGCACUUUACCAUGGCAUUUCUGGCUCAACCAACAAAGCAGAACUGCUGCAUUUUUUUUAAAAAAAGCAGAACCUGAUGUUCUCCCGCGACCAUAAAAUUCUUCUGUAUGGUUUAUCUUCGCAAAGCUUUGCAUCGGCGACGGGACAGUUGGUCGUAAAUUGUAAGUCAUCAUCGUGCUAAGCGUGAAAUUGUUUUGUUU